AGGCGCGUGGUGCGCCUCGGUGUGGUGUUCGUGCGACAGUUAUAUGAAAAAAAUGCUCGAGUUUUACACAAAUAUAAAUUCGGGAUUGAUGCAGGAGAGCAUGCAGCCGCCGCUCUCUUGUGCUGGUAGAACAGAGUUGAGCGCGAGCAUCAAGCGGGAGAAGAUCGUCGAGAUAUGUGAAGGAUGCGGCCAGAAGAUCCAGGACCGCUACUUGAUGCGAGUUGGCGAUUUAUCCUGGCACGAACACUGCCUCAGCUGCUGCGUGUGCGGUUGUCCACUAGCCCAUACAUGUUACACAAGAAAUGCCAAACUGUACUGCAAACCUGACUAUGAUAGGUUGUUCGGUGUUAAAUGUACGCGGUGUGGCGACAGACUGCUACCCCAGGAGAUGGUUAUGCGGGCACAGCAGUAUGUCUUUCAUAUUCAAUGCUUCGUUUGCGUCAUGUGCUGCCAGCCCCUUCAGAAGGGUGAACAGUACGUUAUAAGAGCAGGCCAAAUUUUCUGUAGGCAAGAUUUUGAAAAGGAGAUGUACUUGAUGCAACAUACGGAAGACGAUAUGAUAAUUGAUGAUUCAGAAAGGCCCCGAGAUGGAAGACGAGGACCAAAGCGUCCACGAACGAUUCUGACGUCUGCACAACGUAGACAGUUUAAAGCUUCUUUUGAAGUGAGCCCCAAGCCUUGUCGUAAGGUACGAGAAGCUCUUGCCAAAGAUACCGGCUUGAGCGUCCGAGUAGUUCAAGUUUGGUUCCAAAACCAAAGAGCUAAAAUGAAAAAGAUUCAACGCAAGGCAAAACAAGAGGGUGAUAAGAAUGCCGACAAGGAAAAGGAUAAGGACGAGAAGAGCAUUAAGCAGGAAUCGCCGUCAAGCGAACACGAACAUGGAAAUUAUCUCGGCUUGGAUACGUCGUAUUCGGCAUCAAGUCAACCCCUAAACCCAAAUCUCCCGUACUCCCCUGAUGAUUAUCCAGCUCAUUCUGGGGACAGUUUCUGCAGUUCGGACAUAUCACUCGAUGGCAGCAACUUUGAUCAGCUCGACGAAGGUGCCUCCGACACCAUGAGCCUACAGAAUUUGGAGGUUCCACACCAUCCCCAUCAACACGGAAAUCAUUCAUCUCACGAGCCCCUCAAUUUAGGUACCGGUGCUGUGGUUAAUCCAAUUGAUAAGCUUUAUCUUAUGCAGAACUCUUAUUUUAGUACGGAUCACUGAUUUAAUGCCAAUCGCACUGUCACGCCCAAGGGUAAUCGACAGCGCAUCUAUCCUAAAGACUUUUCUAAUUAUACAUCCACGAAUACGAAUCACACAGAAACAGUGACAAAUACGAGCAGUUCUAUUUUACGUUACGAUUUUUAUUCAACAUUGUAAAGUGGUUUUUAUGUUAUCAGUGUUACGGUAAACAUAGAUGUUUAAUUAAAAUAAUAAUAGUGUAUAAAAUUUGUGAAAAUUUAUAGCAUUCAAAGUAGAUAUGAUAUGAUCGCAGAAAUAUUAUAUUGGUUUGAACUGUAGUAAGCGAUAUUUACAUGAAGAAACUUGUAUUCAUAUGUGUUAUAUUAAGUAUAAGAUUUUAGUAGUAAGUCGUAUUUAUUUGGUAACAUUAUUGCAUUACUACCUUUUAUGGAAUGUUGUAAAUAUUAUACACAGCGGCACCUUUUUCUCUGGUCAGUGAAAUAUAAACUGUACAUAAGUAUUUAAUACGUACCUAACAUUUUAAAAUGUUUAAGAAAUGAUGUAUAAUAAAAUGUAUCGUCCUCUUUUUAAAGGAUUGUUAAUUGCAGUAUAGUGUAAAUAUAUUUAUGAAAAUGUAUGUUUAUGUAAUGUGUAUCACUUCAACAAGGUUUAUAGUAUUGACUGCCUCAAUUGUCUAGUGACUAGCUUAUAACUUC